ACGGCAGGGGGGUGGACAGGGGGGUGGACAGGGGGUGGACAGGGGUGAGGCCAGCAGUCGCAGUGGAGUUGGAUGGAGGAUUGGAUGCGGAUGCAGAUGCAGGACCGCAAGCAACGCUCGGAGAGACGAGAGGAGAGACUGGAUGCCGUUGACGCAAGACCAAAAGGCAGCGACGACCUUGCUGGCGCCAGAUCAGGAACGACCUGCACUGCAGUAAAUUUACAGUAAAUCUACGAUCCUGUACCGUCCGUAGCCUGAGACCAGUGGCUUGGACAGAAGAUGUUCAGUGCAGUGUUGGCAGAUCGGAUGGCCCCCAGUUAAAAUCUCCGUCCCAGGCUAGACGAUGUCUGUUCGGACUCUCUGCUUUCUGGAUGCAGACCAAAUACAACCCUCUUCUGGUCUCUCCUUGUCAAGCUGCUGGAGUGCAAUUUGCUGGUGUAUGUAAAUUAUGUGGCCUGCCCAGCGCUUCAUACGAGCGGAGUGGCGAAUCCAAGCAGCCGUGCAGCAACGCUGAGGGGAGGGGAGUGUGGAAUUUCAGGGUAAAGGGGCGGCUUUUUCACGGACGAGAUGAGAUGAACACACGAGCCGACAGUGCGAUCGUCCGAAUGAUUUCUGGGCUGUGGGAAAAGGCAGUCUCGGCAAAGGGCAGUGCCCAGAGCAAAGUCAACAAGCUGUCCAGGCAAAUUCCUCAACAGCCGAGAGUUGUUAUUGUGACGUCUUGAUCUGAUUUGAUUUGAUUUGUUUUGUUUUGAUUUGUUUUGAUUUGUUUUGUUUUGUUUGUCAGACUGCCG